UACAAACAAACAUCUUCCUGUUCAAACAGUGGCCAAACUGAGACCUUAACCAAAGUCCACUUUAGCUAAGAGAGCAGAGACCUGUCAUCAGCGUGUCUGGCACAGGCAGCAUGGAGGUGUCUCCCCCUCCCUCUGGCCUAGAAGCAGAGUAUGAGACGCUUUUCACCACCGACUCCCUCCUCUUCCUCCAUGACCUGAUCUCCACCUUUGAUGAGGAGGUGGAUCAGGUCCUGAGGUUGCGAGUGUCCAGAAAGGCCCACUUGGACCUUUCAGGUGACCUGCCGAGCUUCCUGGAACACACCACACCCAUCAGGAGAGACCCAGACUGGAGGGUGCUCCCUGUACCUGCAAGGCUACAGAGGAGACAUGUGGAUAUUGGGGAUCUGGCUCCCUGUGAUACUGAUUGCUUCAUCAAAGCUCUGCAGUCACCGGCACAGGGAAUACAGGUUGACUUUGAUGAUGGGAACUGUCCGACAUAUUACAACCAGAUCAAAGGCAUUUCCAAUGUUGUUAAGGCGGUGCACAACCAGCUUCCCAAUGUGCCACACAUAUCUCAGGCUCCUGUGCUGAUGCUGCGUCCCCGUGCUUGGAACAUGGUGGAGCACAACAUGAUGGUGGAGGGCAGGGAGGCUCCUGGUCCUCUCUUUGACUUUGGACUCCUCAUGUUUCACUGUGGAAAGACACUGUUUGAAAACAAGAGCGGACCCUUUUUCUACCUGUCCAAGGUGGAGAGCUUCAUGGAGGCCAGACUGUGGAACAAGAUAUUUGUCUGGACACAACAGAAGCUUGGUCUUCCACAGGGCAGCAUUAAGGCGACAGUGCUCAUUGAAAAUGUAUUGGCAGCGUUUGAGAUGGAGGAGAUUCUCUAUGAGCUGCGAGACCAUUCAGCAGGACUCAACUGUGGCAUCUGGGAUUAUUCAGCCUCCUUCGUCAAUAAGUUUGGACACCGACAGGCCUUCCUGCUGCCUGACCGCAGCAAAUACGUCAACAUGGAGAAACGUUUCCUGCGUAGCUACAUGGACCUGCUGGUUCAGACGUGCCAUCGGCGGGGAGCCCUGGCCACAGGAGGCAUGGCUGCUCUGCUGCUACCUCAGGACCGGCUCAGUGAAUCCUACAGGAGAGUGUUGGCUACUGUCACCAGACUGAAGCUGCUGGAGAUCAAGGCAGGUGUGGAUGGUUUCAUGGUCUAUGACCUGAGCCUGAUUGAGCCCAUGCAGAAACUCUUCCAGCUCCACACUGAAGGUGAUAACCAGCUUCACCUGCUUCGAAGCGAUGUCUCCGUGACUCCUGACGACCUGCUGUCCAUGCCUGCGGGAGGAGUCACCCUUUAUGGUUUGAAGUAUAACAUUGCAGUUGGUGUCCUCUUCAUGAACGCUUGGCUCUCAGGUAAAGGUGUGUUUUUCUACAGAGGCCAGGUGGAGGAUUCAGCCACAGCAGAGAUUUCCAGGUCACAGGUGUGGCAGUGGAUCAGGCAUCAGGCUCAGCUGGAGGACAGCAGCAGGGUAGUGAGUAGGCGGCUGGUGACAGACCUCACCAAGGAGGUCACGGUGGAGCUCAGCACUCUGAGUCACUGUGUGAGGGCUAAACAGAGGCUACACACAGCAGCAGACAUGUUCCUGGAGGUGGUCCUGAAGAGAGCCUUCCCAGAGUUCAUCACCACUUACUUGAAUCAGGACCACACCUUUCUUAGCUCCCAGAGCACAGGUGGACGGGUGGAGGCUGUGGACACGCACACGCACAAACCCAAACUGUGA